AUGAGAAAUGUGAUCGAACGGUUGUUUCGAGCUCAAGAAGGUGGAGAAGUGGUUGAGAUUAAAGGACUAGCUUUUAGUACUAUCGUGCAGUUGAUGUCGAACUCGAUGUUUUCGGACGAUUUGCUGGAUCCUGCAUCGGGUGCAAUGGAGGAGCUGGAAAUGCUUAAUGGUAAUAUAAUGGUGUUAUUUGGGAAGCCGAAUUUUGCUGAUUAUUUCCCCUUCUUGAGGCUAUUUGAUUUGCAAGGAAUUAGGCGUGAGAUCAGAAAGUCGUAUGAUAGAUUGCAUGGAUUGAUCGAUGGCAUUAUUGAUAUAAGGACGGAGCGUCGUCGCUCGAGUGAUGGAUCGGAUAGGGUCGGAGAUUUCUUGGAUGUUCUUCUCGAUUAUAUGGAAGAUGAAGGACCUCAAGGACUUACACGCUUAGAUAUCAAGCUUAUGAUAACGGAGUUAUUCAUCGGAGGUACGGAUAGCAGCACAACAACCGUUGAAUGGGCAAUGACGGAGCUCAUCCGCAAUCCAAACAUAUUAUCCAAAUUAAGACAAGAGUUGUCCGAGAAAAUAACAAACGGCAAAACAGUACAAGAACAAGAUCUCCCUCAACUCCCAUACUUAACAGCAGUGAUCAAAGAGACAAUGAGGCUACACCCUCCAUCGCCUCUCCUCCUCCCCCGUCGAGCCGAACAAGAAGUAGAAAUUCACGGUUUUACCAUUCCUAAAAACACUCGAAUCUGGUUGAAUGUUCUGUCGAUUACAAGGGAUCCUAAAAGUUGGGAUGGCCCCACGUGUUUUGUGCCCGAAAGGUUUCUUGACUCGGAUAUCGAUUUCAGGGGCAGGGUUUUUUCGUUUAUUCCGUUUAGUUCUGGAAGGAGAAUAUGCCCCGGGAUGAAUCUUGGUUUGAGAAUGGUGAGCCUCAUAUUGGCUACACUUGUGCAGAAGUUUGAUUGGAAAUUGCCUAAUGAAAUGGCUCCUGAGGAUAUGGACAUGACAGAUAGGUUUGGUCUCACUCUAAGGAAAGCUCAACGCCUGGUCCUAAUUCCAACCAAACUCUGA